CAAUGCCCAUAUGUCACGUGAAGCACCUGAUAAGGUAUUUCUAUUAUUUGAAGAAUGAAGAUAAGCUUCCAAAUUGAAUGAUAUUUUCGAGUUUGUUCUUUAAUUACAAGAGCUUCAUCUGAAACAAAGUCUUCAUUACUACGUCAUAUAAUAGCUUCAAUGUUGUGGUAAUAUCGAUUUAACAGAAAGAUAGUUAAGGGUUUUUGUUAAAACUAGGGUAUGGAACAAAGUUAAUAAUGAAUGUAAAAAAUAUCACAUACCCACUGUGAACAUUCAAGUGCAAAAAACUCAAAUAUGGAAAAUAAAACCAUAGUUGACUGGACAGUGAAGGAUACUGCAGUAUGGCUGGAAAAAGAAGGUUUUGACAAAGAAGUUAUUUUCAAUCUUUGUGAUUCGAACAGAAUAAAUGGAAAAUGUCUACUAGCUCUAAAUGAAGCAGAUUUCACCCAAGAACCCCUGAAUAAGUUGCCAUUAAGAGAUAGAAAAUGUUUAUAUAUAUCUUGUAGAGCUUUACAAAAGGAAAACCAAAGUUUAUUACUACAUUUAGGACUUUUAGACCACCCAAGUUCUAGUUAUGUCAAUCAGAAUCAUUACCAAAGAAAUGAGUAUAAUGAAUAUAUGGAAUCAGAACAUGUUUCACCCCCAGUGUCUGAAGAUGGUGCAAUCCAAAAAUUAAAACCUGAAAAAAUUAAGGCAUUGAUUGCUUUUUUGUACUUAGUUGUUGUAACAUGGAUUACUGCAUUUGUGAUGGUUAUUGUUCAUGAAAGAGUACCUGAUAUGCAGAAAUAUCCACCACUUCCAGAUAUAUUUUUAGAUAAUGUUCCUCAUAUACCAUGGGCUUUUGAUAUGUGUGAGGUUACUGGUACCUUUUUAUUCACAAUGUGGUUGUUCGUAUUAUUCUUCCAUAAACAUAGGUUUAUUCUGAUGAGGAGAUUUUUCGCUUUAUCUGGCACGGUGUUUUUAUUACGUUGUGUUACUAUGCUCAUAACUUCAUUGAGUGUUCCCGGUGCUCACCUUCAAUGUACACCUCAACCCCUGAUCAGCCAAGACCUUGCUUCCAAACUAUCGAGGGCGUAUUUUAUUUGGCGCGGCGCUGGGAUGUCAAUACAGGGUGUCAGGACUUGUGGUGAUUACAUGUUUAGUGGCCAUACUGUUGCCCUGACCAUGCUCAAUUUUUUCAUCACUGAAUAUACCCCACGACCAAUUUACUAUGUACAUACUAUAUCUUGGAUGUUGAAUAUGUUUGGAAUUUUUUUCAUUUUGGCUGCUCAUGAACAUUAUUCCAUUGAUGUUUUUGUGGCUUUCUAUAUAACAAGCAGACUCUUUCUUUAUUACCACACUCUUUCUAAUAACCAAGCUUUAAUGCAGAGAGAUUCCAACCGAACAAAAAUAUGGUUUCCUCUAUUCUCCUAUUUUGAAAGUGGUGUAGAGGGCAUUAUACCAAAUGAGUAUGAAACACUAGAAGACAUCUGUAGAAAUCUAUGGAAUUUCUGUAGAGAAACAGGCAAUAUUUUGAAGGGGAAGAUCAUACCAGUUAAAGAAACUGCAAAAAGAUCUUUAACAAAUGUAGAUCACCACCCAUUAGUUAGGAGAAUAGGUAGCUGUACAUCUUCAGGUAACUUAAGUAGUAAAGGUGAUUGAAACCAUUUUCCAAGUUAACAUGUUGGAAGUACAUAAUAUGACAAAGUUUUUAUUGUUUCUAUAUACUUGGUUGAUUCUUGUCUUGUUACACUUUUUAUUAUUAUUAUACAAAUUAGUAAUAUUCUAUUUGUUAGUUUUUUCCAUGAAAAUAUUUAAUAUUUAUAACAUUUUCUUGUGAUUGUUUCGCAGUAUUAGUUCUUAUCAUUUAAUAUUCCUUCAAUCACUUCCUUUCCUAUUUUUGUACAAAUACUUGAUUCGGCUUCCACAAAUUCAGUUGGUCUAUUUCCAACAGUGAACAUCUAAAAUGCUGUGAGGGUGUAUCCUUAUUUUCAUGCCUGUGGACCAUAUUGAAAGUAUGUUAAGGAUGCUGAUGAAAAGAUUCAGAUAAUGAGAUGAAAGCUUUCGAAAAAUUGUUUUGUUUUUCUGCUGAAAUGUCGUGUAGGAAUCGGGAGGUUCAUAUUAAAAAUGCAUUCGAGAAUAUAUUCUAUUCAACAUGUUCCAUAUUGGUUCCUUAUGUCUUCUGCAACUGUGUUGUUUCAUAAUAGACAAAUUGAAAAAAAAUUUAGUUUAUUCGUAUUUUUAUAACACUAAAUUGAGGCUGACAUAGAUCGUUUAUAUAAAAAAAAAUUGUACAUAAUAUAAAUAUAUUAAAAUCCGAUUGGCACACAAAAUAUAUAAUCCAUAUGAAAAAUAACAUCAUCAAACUCAUCCUAACCUUAAAAAGUUAUUCUUUGCAAAAAUGUCAAAUAUUUAUUUAUACCUUAAUAAAUAUUUUUGUACUUGUGGAAA